UAUAAUUGUAUGUGAAAUGUAUUUUCAUAUGAAUUUUUCGAACUAACCGAUAGUACAAAUUACUUUUUAAAUUGUACAAAAUUUACGUAAGGUUACAGCAAAUCAUUUAAUACGUGCAAAGCAUAUGUAGUGUAUCACGAUUUAUCGCAAGAAGAUUUGCUCAACUAGUUCUGUGUGUACUCAAUAUUCCUCACUGUAUAUUUCAAGCUUAUUCGCGAUAUUAUACUUGGUAAUGGAUAUUUGCAAUUCGUUGUAUCUCUAGUUAUCCUUUAAAAUCAACAAUUCCCGAAAUCACAGAAACGUUCAGAAACACGUGUAAACACUGUAUUAGUGUCCUUCGAGCAAUCGCUGAAUGUACAUCUAAACUGAUUUCGUGUACGGAAUUUUAUUAUCUCGACAACAUCGCCGUGUGUUUCACGUAUUAUUUCCAAAUUGAUAUCACAAAUCAAGUACUGAGAAGACGAUAAUUAACGGACAAAUUGAUACAAAGAUGGAACGAAUACAUAAAGCUUUGAAAGCGUUGCAGCCUUAUGAGUAUAAUAUGUUUUUCAAUCCAAACGUUUGUCACGUCUGCAAAUUGAGGAUGAAAGGCGAUUUGAUAUUAUGCAAUCGAUGCCACAUGAUUUCCUACUGCAGCGAGGAGCACAAAAAAGUGCAUCUAAAGGAACAUUCUUAUAUCUGCAAUCAUAUAGAAAAAGCAUUAACGAAGAUGUCAGAGUGGAGAAUGCACCAGUUUUCCCCGUCCGAAUGGUUCAAAUCAAAGAAGGAAUUCAUGCAAUUAGUCCAGAUGUCAAUAUCACGCAAACUGCAGCCAUACGAGAAGCAGAUGUUGAUGUUCACAAAAUCGUGUUUUAUUUGUCACCAACAGGUUGAUCUGUUCACUUGCGAAAUCUGCUAUUCCAGCAAUUUUUGCUUGGAGCACUUUCAAUUGUUUGCUACACAUCAUGCUUCCGAGUGCAAGAAUCUAAUACUAUUAUUCAACUUGAAUCUUGCAAAAAUGCAAGAACUUGUGAAACCGUUAUAUAUAUACAAUAUCACUGAUUGCCGUGUUAAAUUUGAUAUCUCAGAUACUCCUGAUAUGACUGCAUUUGUCACAAAGUAUGCAUAUAAUAAAAAGAACCGAAUAAGCACGUUUGAGUUCUUAAAUCUAUAUGUUUAUACUGAGUAUAUAUCUGGGCCGUUAACGCUCUAUUAUGGAAUAUGUGAAACGAUGUCACCAUCUUUUGUAAAUGAAAACUUCUGUAUUCAUGUUAUUGCCGCAAACUACAUAGAUGAGGAAGGUUUGCAUACUUGGGAGUUAUUGUUACAUCUCUUCCGCGGUAUAAAGAAUCUGACAGUUGUACUGAUAGGGCCAAAAUUACAGGAUUCCAAAACUCGUGACGUCGAUCUCUGUUAUCGUUGCAAAAUUUACGAUCAAUACUUCAAUUAUAAAUGUUAUCCUAUGUUGUACCACGAUUAUGUGUUCUCUACCAAUUAUAUAUCACCAUCGAUUGUCAUAGGAUUUCAAGCAAAUUUCGAAAAAAACACAUGGUUCGAAUCCAUACAAGCAUUACGAUAUCAAUGUUGCCCGUUAUUUUUAACAGCCUUAUCUAAAUGUAAUAUGCAAAAUAAUAUAAUUAGAAUAGAAGAGAUUCUGGGUGCAAAUGUAACACCUGCGCUUCAGCUAAAAAAUAAUUACAGUAGUCUUUGCCCAUACAAAGAUUUUAAUACCGAUUCUGUAUUUUAUCGUAAUGAAGUAUUAGUUAUCUAUAAGGAUUUAAUCGAUAGAAAUGAAGCAGAUACCAGUCUUUCUACAUAAUUUUAUCAUUUUUUUGUGUGUGAUAGUUGUUAAUAUUAAUAUCAAUAUAUCAAUAUAUAUAUAUAUAUACAUAUAUAUAUAUAUAUAUAUAUAUAUAUAUAUAUAUAUAUAUAUAUAUAUAUAUAUUAUUUUAUAUAUAUAUUUUUUAUUUUAGCAGUUUUUUUAUAAAAUAUAUUUUAUAAGAUAUUGAUUCAGAAAUGCAUUAAACAUAAGUUGAUAGCAAGUCGUUUAAUGACAAUACAAACUGUCGUUUACCAAGCUUAUCUCAGUAACUGACAUAGUAACUGAUGUACAGAUGAUUGUUCUUUAAGAGGUAUUGCAAAUAUUAAUAACUACUAUAGGAUUUUUAAUGAUGAUCUGAAGAGCGAACCUAGAUAUGAUAAAACCGCGGGUAAUGUCGGAAAUGCUUCUGCGAAAAAUGCUCAAUAUACAAGAACUAGACGUAUGCGAAAAUUGUGUUUACAUAGCGUGAUCCACUCUCGUAUUAACAUUUUUAUAGCAUUUUGAUAGUUAUAUGUCCAAAAAUAUAUUAUAUUAAAUCAUUCUUAUACAAAGUGUCUGUGAAUUUCUUCAAACAAUAUGAUUUUUAAUUUUUAUUACGGAUUACUUUGAAACUAGAAACGUAUAACUCAUUUUUAGAAAAAUUUCAAUGAAUGUAAAUGUUUAAAGCCAACACGAUACAAAUGUUUUCGCGUAAUAAAUUCUCCUAUAUUAUAUCGCAGAAUGUUUUUAACGACUUUAAUUCUUUCCUCAAUUUCUCAUUUAAAUUAUUCAGCAUAUAAUUAUCAAUACACACACAUAUGACACAUAUAUAAUUGUAAUUAACAAAAACUAUUUAUUAAAAUACAAUUUUUAUAUGAAAAAUGUUCCCACAGCAAGAUUGUCAU